AGGUUUCUGCUGCUGCUGCUGCGUUCAAAGACCCUAGAGGAGACUAUGUGCAUAUCGGGCGGAUUGCUGUAAAGUGAGCGGACGGAGCAACAGAUAUUCGGUGGAUCUCUUUUUCAGGCAUCAGCAGAUGAGAUCAGCCGUAGAUUCCGGCCGGCAUGUCCGAGAGGAAGAGCGCUGAACACCGCAGCUCUGAAGCUUCAUCACCGGCGACUCCCGCGGAGCAGAUGGUGCCGGAAAAAUGACUCGGGCUCUCUCCAUCCUCGCUUACUUUCUCUGUUUGGUUCACUGUAGCAGCUGUGCUGACUCAGAGGAGCGUCUCAUGAACUGGUUGCUGGGAAAGGAUCGCUACAAUCCGCUCAUCCGGCCGGCCACCAACAGGACCGAGAGAGUCCCAGUGAAGCUGCAAGUGUCUCUGGCUCAGCUCAUCAGUGUGAAUGAGAGAGAGCAGAUCAUGACCACAAAUGUGUGGCUCACUCAGCACUGGGUGGAUUACAGGUUGUCAUGGGACCCUGAAAAGUACGAAGGUAUCGACAAGCUGCGCAUUCCCUCCAGACACAUCUGGCUCCCAGACAUUGUCCUGUAUAACAACGCUGAUGGUACCUAUGAGGUGACAGUCUUCACCAAUGUCAUUGUCCUGUUCAAUGGCAGCAUCAACUGGCUACCUCCGGCCAUCUACAAAAGCGCCUGUAAGAUCGAGGUCAAGCAUUUCCCCUUCGACCAGCAGAACUGCACCCUCAAGUUCCGCUCUUGGACGUACGACCACACGGAGAUCGACCUGAUCUUGAAGUCUGACGUUGCUAGUAUGGAUGAUUUUACUCCCAGUGGAGAGUGGGACAUCCUGGCGCUGCCAGGCAGACGGACCGUCAACCCUCUGGAUCCCACCUACGUGGACCUCACGUAUGACUUCAUCAUCAAGAGGAAGCCCCUUUUCUACACCAUCAACCUCAUCAUCCCCUGUGUUCUGAUCACCUCUCUGGCCAUGAUGGUCUUCUACUUACCUUCAGACUGCGGGGAGAAGAUGACCCUCUGCAUCUCCGUGCUCUUGGCUCUCACCGUGUUCUUGCUUUUGAUCUCAAAGAUCGUUCCUCCCACCUCGCUGGACGUGCCCUUGAUCGGCAAGUACCUGAUGUUCACCAUGGUACUCGUGACUUUCUCCAUCAUCACCAGUGUGUGCGUGCUCAACGUCCACCACCGCUCUCCCAGCACCCACACCAUGCCUUCCUGGGUCAAGCUGAUAUUUCUCGUCAAACUGCCCGCCUUACUGUUCAUGAGACGCCCUCAGGAUAACUCUGCAUGCAAGAGACUUCGCCAACAGCGGUGUCUGCGGGCGAGGAGAACCAUUUUAGGCUUGGGUUACCCAGUCGCAUCCAAAACAGGCAUCACCAUGUCGUCUUCUGCCCUGCUGUCUUCUGACUCUGCCUUUUCCACCCCAGGACACAAAAAUGUAGCUCCUCCGCUGGGCUACGGCCACUCCAACAGGAAGGGGGACUUGCGCUCCACUGAUUACCUUCCCAGUGGUUUCACUUCCACCCAGGACCUCCAGCAGAAGAGCAGCUCAGAUUGGGCUGCUGAUGUCCAGGAGGCGGUGAACGGGGUGCGCUUUGUGGCCGAGCACAUGAUGGGAGACGAUGAUGAUCAGAGUGUGAUAGAAGACUGGAAGUAUGUGGCCAUGGUGGUGGAUCGUAUGUUCCUGUGGAUCUUUGUGAUAGUGUGUGUGGUGGGCACCCUGGGUUUAUUUCUUCAGCCUGUCUUUCAGACUCAGAUUGUUCCCAACCAGAAGCCCAGCACAGAGACUCCUCGCAUAUGAGCAACAAAGAAGACAGGGCGAGUUUUAGUUUUUUUUUUUUUUUCAGCGAUCAUGUUGUAGUUGUAAAGUCUGUUUAGUGCCAUAUUGGUGGGGUCAAAAAGCAGUGACAGCAACGUCGUCUGUGCCAAACCCCACCAAUAAGGCAUCUGAGAGGGUUAAACCAGAUAAAAAAAGGUAUUUGCAACCACUCAUUGUGUACAUCAGUGGAACAUACAGGAUAUUUGUGUGAGAUAGAAUAUGGAUCAAAUGUCUCUUAAUAAUCAAAACCACAUGGUCCAUAACAUUACAACCAUCUACAGCACCCUUUGAGGAAAUGGUACAUCUGCAAGGGACCUAAUGAGGCAUCAUUGCACUGAGGUCAUUUCCCUUCAUGUCUACAAAGGACAGCUGCAGAACUGGACUUUAUGUGGCUUUCACUCCGCAGAAAUAUGCCCAAUUCUGUCUGAGAUUUGUGGAGCAUCUUUCUGCUCUCAGAUGUUGUUGACUCCCUUAUUUGUGUUUAAGUUAUAUUACCAUGUCAUUGGAAUGUGAUGUGUGAUUAAAGAAUGAUUAAUGUCCUCUUUAAGUUUGAUUAAAAUGUAUCAAUUCCCCAAUAAAGUCUUAAAAUUGUCAGGGUCUUGCCAAAGUGCUUAGUUAAUCUGUGUUGCCGGUGAUAAAGUUUGUCCUCGGAGCCAAUACGCUCGCUGAAGAUGUGCCAAUUAGAACAUUUCAUCACAUAGAUAAAGACAGCUGUUCACUUGAAAUGUGAGAGUGUGUGACCAGGCAAAAAAAAUAAUGUUGACGCAACAAAAACUGAUGGAGAUGAAGCUGAUCUGGCCUACGAUAUUAAGCAAUGUUAAUCUGUACAAUGGC